GCUUCUUUCGGAGGACAACCCGCGUUUGCAAUUUGUUCACCACCAAUGUGUUGAGGGCAGAACGUCAGAGUGUCAAACCGGCGAGAAGAUACGUGCCAGCUUCUCAUGAUUUUUGCCCCGGAAGGCCUGUGUGAAUUCUUCGGAGCCUUUUGAGCAGUGCAAUGAGGACAUUACAGGGUUUCAACAACCCUACCAGUAACCCAUGGCUGUCGAACCCGGGACAGCUCCCUACUGCCAAAACUUCAAAGUCUAAAUACCCAAGCGCGCCGUCAUUAGUCUCUGAAUUCCCAGAACUUACGCGGCUGCACGGAGCGUUGUCGAAUGAGUCACUAAAACAUGUCCCUAAUGUCGACCGGACUCGAAAGGAUCAUGCAGGCGCCAAGAACCCGUCCUUCCGCUCCACGGGCUCACUUGGGCUCGGGUUACGGGGACAUGAUAUUCAGCAUCCAAUCAUGGUCGGUAGAGUUCCUGUGGCCCCUCCCAGGCCGUCCGUGUCGUUAGACAAGGCAAAGCAGACAAUAGACUCUCAGGAAAUCACGCGACAUGCAAUACCUAUCGCCAUACUUUUGUCCCUUUUGCUCGGUCCGUUUGUGCCUCCGCUGUUGCGAGUAGUUGGUGUGAUAGAUUUUGUGAACCAUCCCCUGGUAUUCCGGCUCUUGUUGUGUGGAUUCAGUGUGGCCUUGAUAUGGACUGUGGGAAGGAGUAUUCUUCUGAGACUCGGAUUACGAAUAUCUCUGCAUGGCGAUGCUGGGAAGCGCUGGUGUAGAGUGUGGAUCGGUGUACCGCCGGGUUGUCAGCCGCCAUCCACGGGUACCAGGUCCAGAUCACUUAGUAAAGGAACCAAGGGUGAGGUACCGAAAAAAGUACUACAUCAAGUUACUGAGGAGGAGAGGGCACUGAAGGCAGCAUUGUUGUCUGGUAAGAUGGUGAUUACCAUUGAACGGGUAGAAGCUGCGGUUCAUAAGCGGCCCUCGGCCGUGCCUACCCAUUGCGGCUUCUGGGCACGACUCAGGCAGAAAGUCAGCCCUCCAUACCUUAACCUGCGUCUGACAACCAUUCGGAUCUAUCUCCCCGCUGCAAGCUGGUUGGGCUUCCCUAUUCCCAGUAUGCCACCCAGUCCUCUGUCACGAAGCAUUCACGCCAUUGUCUCGUACAUUGCCGUCAACAUUAUUUUGCCAUUGAUUCGUCUUUCUAUCACUGAUCUAAAGAUACACCUUCCCUCGGCUUCCGACGUCAGUGGCCCAUUAUCUCCAGGUAUCCCUGGUCGCUACGACCGUCCCAUACCAUCUCCAACCAUUCGCGAAACCCUUGUCAACCUCUUUCGCCAGUCUCCGCGAGAUUCUCACCUGCAUGGUGGAUUUGAAUCCGCGCUCGUUGAGUACCAUGUCGCGCGCUCAACAUUGGAGCAAGUUACCCGGAAGAGAUUCAUGUGGUGUGUCACUGUUCAGGAGGCUGUUGUAGGGUCCUACUGGGACAUUGUGGAGGAUCCGAUAGUAGGUGGCGGUAUUCAAGCACAGACAGGCGAUUCGGGAAAAGAGAAAGUUGUCAUGAAGCGCAUGCAGCUAUGGCUCUUUGAGAGAGAUGACGAAGUGGAUAGAGUUCUUGCCGAUGUAGGCAAAGUUGAGCUUUUGGUUGCGAAUACUAUAGUGGAAGCGGUGGACACUAUUGCGAAAGAAUCAGAUACUAAGCGUGAACCAAUGGAUGACUUGUUUUCCAACGAUAGUUCCGAGUUCGAUAAGCGCUCCAGUACCUCGUCUGACGAGCUAUCGAUUGCAUCUGUUCAAUCAUCCCCUCAAAUCGAAGAAAAUGAACCACAGAUAAUGCCGGGAGCUUCUAUCCCUGAUCUCACAUGUGCAUCACCAGAUCGAUUACACCGUCUUCGCAUUACACUUGUCGCCAGCCAUCUCUGUGUCACUGUCGACUCGUCACUCCUCCUUCUUGUUAAGGAUCUGUCAAGAGGAUCCAAAAUAGGGGCACCGGCAGGACCUAAAGACUCGAGGCAAAGGAAGAAUCCGUUACGAAUCUGUGGAAGGAUGUACAGGCGAUUCACCUCCAUGGCAACACGUGCUGCUGUAGCAGCUCUUAGUGAUAGAAUGUUUGAAUUCAAAAGCGUCCAGAGGGAACUUGUUGUAUAGGAUUAGGUAGUUAGUUAAAACAUUUAUAGAGUAGUCGUCGUCGUAGUAGUAGUAGUAGCAGUAAUAGUUCGCCGUAGGUUGAUACUGAACGAAUAGAUGGGACUUGAACUUUGU